UAAAAGCAUGUGUCAUCUCGACUUGGUUCUCCAAAUAUCACUCCUAUAGGAAAUAUACGGAGCGAGGAGGGACAUCAGAGCGCAAAAGUCGCAGCUCUUACCAUCUCCAAACAACUUCGAGGCAAAGACGCAUCGCUUUACACAGGCCUGCUCACUUACCGAGUGGAGAAAUAUUUGUAGAAGUUGAAGUUUCUCUUUGACUUGACUGACUGCCGGUUAAACCGUAUUUAGAUUUUGGGAAGACAUCCGAUCCCUUGACACGGGCGACCAGAAGUCCACAAGACGCGCCGUGUGUGCGCACUGACCGCGGCUGAUCUCACCUAACGCACACCCCGGCUGCUCGGCUGUUUUGGCUCCGGUAGACUUGGAAAAGUGUGGGCUAAAGUAAGCCGUGAGAUGACCCUGUCUGGAGGCAGCGAAAGAGCCAGCGACAUGUCCGGCCAAACCGUGCUCACAGCGGAGGACGUGGAUAUCGACGUGGUGGGCGAAGGAGACGAGGAGGGCAUGGAGAGAGUGGACAGCGACUGCGACAGCCCCGGGGGAGGCAUCCUGCACGACCUCCGUGGAGACGCCGAUGAUGAUGUGGAAGACGAGAUCGAAGUGGAGAAGGAGGAGAUGAGGUCCGGAGGAGGGAGUCCGUGUUGUGAGAGCUCCGGGGAAGGAGAGACGGGCACCGGGAAGGGAGAGGGUCACGACCAGAGCGCAGGGCCGGGAGGUGCGAUCCAGAAACCCAAAAGUAGCCUGGUGAAGCCUCCUUACUCCUACAUAGCUCUGAUCACCAUGGCCAUCCUCCAGAGCCCGCAGAAGAAGCUCACCCUCAGCGGGAUCUGUGAGUUCAUCAGUAACCGCUUUCCGUAUUACCGGGAAAAGUUCCCCGCGUGGCAAAACUCCAUCCGCCACAACUUAUCCCUCAACGACUGCUUCGUGAAAAUCCCCCGGGAACCUGGCAACCCCGGGAAGGGCAACUACUGGACCCUGGACCCGGCUUCGGAGGACAUGUUCGACAACGGCAGCUUUCUGAGGAGGAGGAAAAGGUUCAAGCGGGUCCAACCGGACGUGCUCAGGGACCAGACUGCGCUCAUGAUGCAAAGUUUCGGUGCGUACAGCCUCGGGGGCCCCUACGGUCGGCACUACGGGAUCCAUCCGGCUGCGUACCCCCAUCCCGCGGCUUUGCAGUACCCGUACAUCCCCCCUGUGGGCCCCAUGCUGCCCCCGGGGGUCCCGCUCCUGCCCUCCGCGGAGCUGAACAGGAAGGCGUUCAACUCGCAGCUCAGCCCGAGCCUUCAGCUGCAGCUCAACAGCCUGAGCACCGCGUCCAUGAUCAAAUCCGAGCCGUCCAAUAGACCCUCUUUCAGUAUAGAGAACAUCAUCGGGGUCUCCAGCGCCUCCUCGUCCUCACCUGGAGCCGCGCAGGCUUUCUUGCGGCCUCCGGUGACGGUCCAGUCGGCCCUGCUGAGCGCGCAGUCCCUGUCCCUGUCCAGGACAUCAGCCGCUAUCGCCCCCAUCCUCAGUGUCCCCUCAAAUAUUAUUUCUGGACAUGUUUUACCCUCUGCGACGGCGGUGUCCAAAUGGCCUUCACAGUGACUUAAAAACCACCAAAAAAAAAAAUUAGACUCUUAUUUUUAUAUAAAGACAUUAUCACCGGGGGAAGUGUGAACAAAUGCACAAAUCAAUAGGCAGCACUGGACUCUGUAGCCAUGUAAAGACUGUUGAAACAGAGAAAAAAGAAAAAAGGACAUAUUUCUGUACAGGUAAUAUUUGUAAAUAUUUGUAAGAAAAACAACAACAACAACAAAAAAAGAAUCAUUUUACCUGUUUGACUUUUACCUGUCGAUUUAUUUUUGUUCUUGUUUGAGAUCUGUGAUAAUUAUUUUACAUUUUUCUUUUUUGUAUUAUUGGAAGCUCACCUGGACUGACCCACACAGUUUUGCUUCCUUUUCAUACAAGACCCAAAAUCUCUGAAAGAAAUAGACUGUUUAUAAUAAAUAAU